UAUUAUUUUGUGCACGUCAUUUGUUGGUUCAAUUACUUUUACUUCUACUUUUUUUCGUAUAUUCUGUUGUUAUGGCGCCGAAGGUGAAGUUUACUGAAGGUGAAAAGGUGUUGUGCUUCCAUGGACCACUUUUGUAUGAAGCUAAGUGCAUCAAGUCUCAAGUAAAAGAGAAAGCUGUAAAGUACUUCAUUCAUUACAGUGGAUGGAAUAAGAAUUGGGAUGAAUGGGUUCCCGAAAGUAGAGUUUUGAAAUACAAUGAAGCAAAUAUGCAAAAACAAAAGGAAUUAGAUGCUGCUCAUGGAAAAGGAAAGAAAAUGAAAGCUGUGAAAGGUGGUACAAAAAAGGAAUCAACAGAUAGAGAAGCAUCGGCUCUGCCUCUUCAAGAAAAAAACCAGAAGCAGAAAAGUAUUAAAGAAGUCUCAAGUGAAAAAAAGAAAAGGCCUGUCCCAGAAACUGAGGGAACUACUCCUGCUACAUCUUCCGUGCCAGAAACACCAGCAGAUUUACAAAGAAAGAAGCGAACUCGAGCUGAACAAAAUGUUGAAACUGAAGAAGAAUAUCUUCAAAAGAUUGAAAUCAAGAUUAAAAUGCCAGAAGAGCUUAAGCAUUGGCUUGUUGAUGAUUGGAAUCUCGUUGUACAGCAAAAGAAGCUAGUUCAGCUUCCAGCACGAGUAUCUGUUGAGAGUAUUAUAUCUGAUUACAUAAAGCAAAAAAUGUGUGUGAAAGGCAUGACGUUGAACAAGGAAACUGCUAUCACUGAAGCUACUAAUGGCAUAAGAGAUUAUUUCAAUGCUAUGAUAAACAAGCAAUUACUUUACGGUAUUGAAAAACAGCAGUUUCAAGAAUUGUCUUCCCAACAUCCUGAUAAAUAUCCUUCUCAUUAUUAUGGAGCUAUUCAUUUGUUGCGGUUAUUCACAAGAAUUGGCGGGGCUCUAGCAUACACUCCACUAGAUGAAGAUGGUGCUAAUUUGCUUUCUAGUCACUUGUAUGAUUUUCUAAAGUAUGUUUCCAAAAAUUCAGCGAACUAUUUGAGCCUUAGUGAUUAUGUUCCUUCCUCCUCAGAGUAAUUCAAGAAGAUUGGAUGAAAUGAACGUUUCCAUUUGCUGGAAGUGUGUGUUCUAUCAAAGAUUUAGAACGAUUCAUAAAUUGUGAUCAUGAUAAUUAAUGUUUUUUGUUGCAUCAUCUAUGUUGUAAUUAUCAUUUGUACGUUAUGAAUAUUUAUUUUAUAUUCAUCUCUUUUUGUGUGAAUUGAUUGACAUUUCUUAAUAA